GACCACCAAACAAAACCAAUCCAUACAACACAAAACCCCCCAUACAACUUAACAAUCUAUCCAACCCAACAAACAAACACAAAAGAAGUAGCAUACACUUUCCACUACUUCAUAAAAUCAAUGGCUACAACCAAGCUUGUAUUAUUAUUCCCUCUAGUACAGUUAAACUCCACCACCAAAAUCAACCCUUCAUUCAAUUUUCUGCAGCAACAUAGUACUACUAGAAAUGGGUUCUCCCCACUUCGUUCAUUGGCCAAUGAUUUCUUGGGGGAUUUUGGAGCAAGAGACCCUUUCCCAGCUGAGUUAGAAAGUAAAUUUGGUGAGAAAGUUUUGGGUACUUAUAACACUGAACACAAAAUUCUUAUCCCCAAUAUCUCUGCUCUUUCUCUUUCUCAGCAGGAUUGUCUUCCUAUUUCACCUUUACAGUCUCCUCUUUCUCAAGAUGAUGCUAAUCAGCUUAUAAGAAAGGUUUUGGGUUGGAGAAUUGUGAAUGAGGACGGUGUACUUAAAAUUCGAUGCUUGUGGAAAUUGAGAGAUUUUAAAUGCGGAGUUGAACUCAUUAACAGGAUCUCUAAGGUUGUAGAGUCUGCAGGGCAUUUCCCCAAUAUUCACAUAGAACAACCAAAUCAAGUCAGAGCAGAACUAUGGACGGCAUCAAUCGGUGGAUUAAGUAUGAAUGAUUUCAUUGUAGCUGCAAAGAUUGAUCAAAUAAAGACAUCAGAUCUUGUCCCAAGGAAAAGAGUUUGGGCUUAAAGCUCCAUGAGCUCCAUAAAACAUUUUGCUAUCAAAUUUUCUUCAACACAGAAUUACCAAUAAUUUUAGUGUUCUACUUCUUCCUUUUGAAGUUUGUAUACAUGUUUGAUGCUUUUUAUUAUUUUGUUUGAUAAGUGUAAUGAUUCUCAGUGUCAGAAAAAUAUUGUGGCCAAACACUUUUGAGUUUGAGGGUUCAACCAAGAGUUAUACAUUAUGAUUUUUUUUAUUUGUGUGAAAA